AUGGUGUGGCUCCCCAGGAGGAACUGCCGAGGGAACCCCAACUGCCUGGUGGGCAUCGGCGAACACGUGUGGCUGGGCGAGAUCGAUGAGAACAGCUUCCACAACAUCGACGACCCCAACUGUGAGCGCCGCAAGAAGAAUGCGUUCGUGGGGCUGACGAACCUCGGGGCCACCUGCUACGUCAACACCUUCCUGCAGAUGUGGUUCCUGAACCUAGAGCUGCGGCAGGCGCUGUACCUGUGCCCCAGCACCUGCGGGGAAGGAGUCCCCAAGGACAGAGACUAUGAGCCCCAGAGCAUCUGUGAGCACCUGCAGUACCUGUUUGCUCUGCUGCAGAACAGCAAACGACGCUACAUUGAUCCCUCAGCCUUCGUCAAGGCGCUGGGCCUGGACACAGGGCAGCAGCAGGAUGCUCAGGAGUUUUCCAAGCUGUUCAUGUCACUGCUGGAAGACACUUUAUCCAAACAAAAAAACCCAGAUGUCAGAAACAUAGUGCAGAAGCAGUUCUGUGGAGAGUAUGCCUAUGUCACUGUCUGCAACCAGUGUGGCAGAGAAUCCAAACUGGUGUCUAAAUUUUAUGAGCUGGAGUUAAACAUCCAAGGACACAAGCAGUUGACGGACUGUAUAACGGAAUUCCUCAAGGAAGAAAAAUUAGAGGGGGACAAUCGUUACUUUUGUGAGACUUGUCAGAGCAAGCAGAAUGCCACGAGGAAGAUCAGGCUGCUCAGCCUGCCCUGCACCCUCAACCUGCAGCUCAUGCGCUUCGUGUUCGACAGACAAACUGGCCAUAAGAAGAAGCUGAACACCUAUAUUGGGUUCUCAGAGCUGCUGGACAUGGAGCCUUUCAUGGAGCAGAAAAAUGGAGUGUACGUGUACGAGCUGAGCGCUGUGCUCAUCCACCGCGGAGUGAGUGCUUACUCCGGGCACUACAUCGCCCACGUGAAGGACCCACAGACUGGGGAAUGGUACAAGUUCAAUGAUGAAGACAUCGAGAAGAUGGAGGGGAAGAAACUGCAGCUGGGGAUUGAGGAAGAUCUAGCAGAGCCGUCCAAGUCCCAGACCAGAAAACCCAAGUGUGGGAAGGGCACUCACUGCUCCCGCAAUGCCUACAUGCUGGUGUACAGGCUGCAGGCCCGGGAGAAGUCCCUUACAGUGGAAGUGCCAGCCUUUCUGCAGGAGCUGGUGGAGCGGGAUAACUGCAAGUUUGAGGAGUGGUGCAACGAAAUGGCCGAGAUGCGCAAACAGAGCGUGGCCAGAGGCAAGAUCAAACACGAGGAGGUGAAGGAGCUCUACAAAAGGUUACCCGCCGAAGCUGGUUCCCCCUACGACUUCAUCUCUCUGGAAUGGCUGCAGAAAUGGCUGGAUGAGUCCACUCCUCCCAAACCUAUUGAUAACACAGCCUGCCUGUGCUCCCACGGCAAGCUCCAUCCCGAUAAGAUAUCCCUGAUGAAGAGAAUAUCGGAAUACGUGGCCGACUUCUUCUACAGGCGAUACGGAGGAGGGCCCCGGCUCAACGUCAAAGCACUUUGCAAGGACUGUGUGGUGGAAAGAUGUCGAAUCCUGCGACUCAAAAAUCAACUGAAUGAGGACUACAAAACCGUGACCAACCUGCUGAAGAUAACAGUCAAGGGGAACGACGGGUUUUGGGUGGGCAAGGCGUCCCUGAGGAGCUGGCGCCAGCUGGCUCUGGAGCAGCUGAACGAGCAAGAUGAAGAUGCAGAGCACAGUAAUGGAAAAAUGAAUGGAAAUGCACAAAACAAAGAUGAAUCAAAUGAAGAGAAGAGGGAGGAGGAAGAGGAGUUAAAUUUUAAUGAAGACAUCGUUUGCCCACAUGGUGACCUGUGCAUCUCCGAAAAUGAGCGGAGGGUGGUUUCCAAGGAAGCAUGGGAGAAACUCAAGCAAUAUUUUCCCAAAGCCCCCGAAUUCCCAAAUAACAAAGAGUGCUGUUCCCAGUGCAAGAUUUUAGAGCGUGAAGGGGAGGAAAAUGAAGCUCUGCAUAAGAUGAUGGCCAGCGAGCAGAAGACUUCUCUCCAGAACCUGUUCCACGAUAAAUGCAGACCUUGCCUGGGCAGCUGGCCUCAGGAGACGGAUGAGCUGUAUAUUGUUUCGCAGUUCUUUGUAGAAGAAUGGAGAAAGUUUGUCAGGAGGCCAACACGAUGCAGCCCGGUGUCCUCCAUAGCAAACAGUGUCCUGCUGUGUCCCCACGGGGGACUCAUGUUCACCUUCACUUCCAUGACCAAAGAAGACUCCAAACAUAUAGCUCUGAUAUGGCCCAGUGAGUGGGAGAGGAUCCAAAAGCUCUUCGUGGUGGAUCAUGUCAUCAAGAUCACACGGACACAGGCUACCGGGAGUGACCCCGAGGGUGUGCGCUACACCUCCGAGCCCCAGCUGUGCCCAGAGUGCAGGGAAGGACUGUUGUGCCAGCAGCAGAGGGACCUGCGCGAGUACACCCAGGCCACCAUCUACAUCCACAAAGUGGUGGACAAUAAAAAGGUAAUGAAGGACCUGGCUCCGGAGCUGAACAUGAGCAGCUCGGAAGCUGAAGAGGAAAGGGAUGAAAACAAGCCAGAGGGGGAGCAAGACCCUGAUUUUAACCAGGCCAACGGCGGCGCCAAGCGCCAGAAGCUCUCCCACCAGAGCUACAUCACAUACCAAAAACAAGGGAUCAGACGGAGCACGCGGCACCGGAAGGUCCGAGGGGAGAAAGCACUGCUGGUGUCAGCCAGUCAGACCCUGAAAGAGCUGAAAAUACAGAUCAUGCAUGCAUUUUCAGUUGCUCCCUUCGACCAGAACUUGUCCAUCGAUGGGAGGAUCCUGAGUGAUGACACAGCCACCCUGGGCAGCCUGGGAGUCAUCCCCGAGUCCGUCAUCCUCCUCAAGGCGGAUGAGCCCAUUGCAGAUUACGCGGCGAUGGACGAUGUUAUGCACGUUUGUAUGCCUGAAGAAGGAUUUAAAGGGACUGGUUUACUUGGCCACUGA